CCCAUCGCGGCCGCCGUCGGGGGCGGGCCGGGCCGGGCCGGGCCGGGCAGCGGCGGCCAUGGGGAACCUGUUCGGGCGGAAACGGCGGAGCCGCGUCACGGAGCAGGACCGGGCCGUGCUGCAACUGAAGCAGCAGCGGGACAAGCUCCGGCAGUACCAGAAGCGGCUGAGCCUGGGGCUGGAGCGGGAGCGGGCGCUGGCCCGGCAGCUGCUCCGGGAUGGCAAGAAAGAGAAGGCCAUGCUCCUGCUGAAGAAGAAACGGUACCAGGAGCAGCUUCUGGACAAAACAGAGAACCAGAUCAGCAACCUGGAGCGGAUGGUCCAGGACAUUGAAUUCACCCAGAUUGAAAUGAAGGUGAUCGAGGGCCUGAAAAUAGGCAACGAGUGUCUGAACAAAAUGCACCAGGUUAUGUCCAUAGAAGAAGUGGAAAGGAUAAUAGGAGAAACCCAGGAUGCUGUGGAGUACCAGAGGCAAAUAGACGAGCUCCUGGCUGGCAGCCUGACUGAGGAGGAUGAAGAUGCCAUUCUAGAAGAAUUAAAUGCUAUUACUCAGGAACAGUUGGAGCUUCCAGAGGUUCCUUCGGAGCCGCUCCCGGAGAAGAUCCCAGAAGUGUCACCCAUCAAGAACAGGCCAAAGCCAGAGCUGGUGGCAGCAUCUUAACUCCCAGUGCUGGGGAUUCCCCCACGAAACUUUCACCCUGGACAGUUUGCCCUCCUGGCGUGUGCUGGGAACAGGCAAUGCCUUGGCAGCAUCCCAGCUGUGCUGGGUGGAUUGUGGAGCAGGAUUCCCUGCACAGGGUGGGGAACCUCAGCUGAUUAUCGCUCUUGUAUCAAGAUUAUUUUCUAGUGCUUUCUUUUUUUGUAACUUAAAUUCCAAACUCACUCAGCUGCGCUGUCUCGGGAUUAAACAGCAACUCUAAAUCA